AUGAGAAAUCAUGGUGAGAACUGGAAAAACAGAACUGAGCUUAAACCAGAUGCUCAGCAAACAUUGGUGGCCUGGGAUGGGAACUCUCUGGAAAAGGUGGAGUGUUUGGCAGUCACCCUGCCACUGUUCUCUGGUUGCAGGCUACACUUCAUUCAGGUGGACUCGGUCCAGCGCUGGAUGGAGGAUCUGAAGCUCAUGACUGAGUGUGAGUGCAUGUGCGUCUUGCAGGCAAAGCCCAUCAGCUUGGAGGAAGAUACACAAGGAGACCUUAUCCUAGCAGGUGGUCCCGGCCCAGGAGAUCCACUGCAGCUGCUCCUGAAGCGGGGCUGGGUCAUCAGCACAGAGCUUCGCAGGAUUGGGCAGAAGCUGGCCCAGGACCGCUGGGCACGUGUACACAGUAUGAGUGUGCGUCUGACAUGCCAUGCACGCUCCAUGGUCAGCGAGUACAGCACCAUCAGCAGGACCUCCUCACAGGAAAUGGGCCAGGCAGAGAAGCUGCUCAUGGAGAAAUGUUCUGAGCUCUCGGCAGUCACCCAGCGGUGUCUCCAGGUGGAAAAUGAGCAUGUUCUGAAGUCAAUGAAGGCCUGCGUGAGUGAGACCCUGAGCAUGCUGGGCCAGCACUUUGGCCAGCUACUGGAGCUGGCUCUGACACGGGAAGUGCAGGCACUUGUGAGAAAAAUUGAUACCUCAGACAAUAUCUACAUCAUGGAGUCUACCACAGGGAACCUGUUCAGCCUGACCCAGGAGGGGGCUCCUUUGUGUCGCAUCAUAGCCAAGGAAGGUGGAGUUGUAGCCCUCUUCAAGGUUUGCAGACAGGACAGCUUCCGGUGCAUGUACCCCCAGGCGCUCCGCACACUCGCCUCUAUCUGCUGUGUAGAAGAGGGUGUCCAUCAGCUGGAGAAG